AUGGUAGGAGGGUUAGGACCAUCGGAAGAUGGGCCAGACCAGACUUGCAAACAAAUAAAUCCUCAGUCUAUAAAUGCCAAUUAUAGAGCAAUACCUUUAAUAACUCCUUCGACUACUCCCAGUAACCUCAACGCCCCCCUAAGCUUCGAUCUAUCUAAUACCAACAGAGAGAAAGACAGUUCUGGUUGCCGAUUCUGGCUCUGUAAAGACUGUCACAAAAAGAAAGCUACGAUCACUUAUAUGUACGACGCUGCUUCUACGAGCCAAGCAAACGGUCAUAUAGAAGAUGUCCACCGCAUUAAUCAAGACGGGCCUAUAUCACUGCAGAGGAAGAAGCAACGCACCCUCUUUGAUAUGGCUAAUCUGGACUCGUCGUUUGAUCCUGUGACCUGCGAUAACGUCCCGUUUAAUAAGCUUGAGAGCCCGUAUUUCCGCAAGCUCAUAGGAUACGCAAACAGCGCUAUCAUCGAGUCAGGAAGUCUCCCUACCCAUACUACAAUCCGCGUCGUGACUGAGAUACUUGGUCGCUCACUUGGCCGUAUUAAUAUCUCCUUUAAUGCGUAG